AUGGCUACGGCCUCCCUUGGUGCUGCUCAGGGGGCCUCGACCGAUGAUCACGAUGGAGCAUCGAAGUCUACUACACGCUUUCGUGGGGCCACGACACUCUCGUACUCUAGCGCGCCUGUAAGCACGCCCCAAAGUGUGCAUGACACAUCUGUCAGCCAAUACACUCCUUCGAGUUCCCACUCUCAUGCGACGACAUUGUCAAGUUCUUCUGCAGGGGUCCCUGCUCAAGAUCAUACUACUGCGUCAAGUCAUUCUCAUUCUGUCGUCUCCAAGGAGACCUCCACUCGCUCCCCUAGCAGCUUGUUCACCCCUGCUUCCGUUGAGACUCCCACCAGUCCAUCUCACACUCCUUCAACCCACACUCUUUCCACUCAUUCUUCGAGCUCCUCCGAGCAUGCUUCAUCUGAGUCUGCUACAUCAUCCCAUACAGUCAGUAUAUCGAAGGAUACCCACACUCAUACGCCUACGUCUUCCACGUCCUCAUCGGACAUCUCGACAAGUUCGUCGGCUUCAGCUCAGCACGACACUUCCACGAGCUCAUCAACGCCUGUUCGUUCUCAUACCCCUACCACGUCGACACCAGCUUCAUCCAAACCGAACACUAGCUCUUCGACUAAGACUCACACAACACACAGUCGUACUGAGGACACCACGUCCAGCUCUGCUUCUCACACUCCUACGUCAAAGUCAAGCUCCAGCUCCUCAGAGAAUGCUUCAUCGAGCCCUGCAUCUCAUUCUCCUACAUCGAGCACUCACUCCAUCACUUCCAUCACUACUACGAACACUGAUACCAGCCAAAGUGCUAGCAUCACGACCGGGCCCUCCACGACACCAAACUCAACAAUUUCAACCACCAGCAGCACUACAACUUCUUCUGUUGAUGUCUACGCCAUUAUCAAGCACCUCUACAAGCUCGUCAAGGACACAUACCCAGUGAUCAAGAAAUGGAAGAAGGACCCCAAGUCCGUCAAGGCAUCCGAUCUCAUCAAGCCCUUGAAGCGCGUCAUCCCCGUAGCGGAUGACGUUCUCGACGUACUUGGGGCACCGAGUUCUUUAAGUUCAAGCUCUGGUGAUAGCGAAUCGGCGCUCGAUAGUUGUAGCAGCGGUGGAGGCCUGCUGGGAGAUAUCAUCGGUAUUGCGAGCUGCAUCUCCAGUACUGCGGAUGAGGCAGUGUCGAUCUUGGGUAGUUCCUCAGACAAUGAUUCUUCGGAUGAGUCCAAGCUUUCGUCCUACUUUGACGCCUUUGAGACCGAGGGAAGUUCCCUCAGCGCAGUGGGAGUGACUGCCACUGGCUCUACCGCGACGAGCACCGGUACGACAACAACAACGACCUCUGGCGAUACGUCUUCGAAGUCCUCAAAAACUGCCACGUCUACCAAUACGGAUACCGAUACGUCUACCAAGUCUACAAAGACCAAGACGUCGACAAGGUCCACCACAACUUCCGACUCUAGCUCGUCUGCCGGUUCAGGCGGCCACUCGGCGAGCGCGUCUGCUUCACCCACUUCGACCAAGUCUUCGACAAGCACCAAGGAUUCUUCUACCUCCACGAAGACUAAGACCAAAUCCAAGACGGAAUCUUCGCAGGUAGCAUCGUCAUCUGCUGCAGCAAGCAAGACUACAUCCACAGAUACCACCACCACAAAGAAGGCCACAUCCACCAAGUCUACCGAAUCCUCUUCUUCGGCACCGCUGUCUGCAUCCUCGUCAGCCCACACGUCCAGCAUUGCUACGACCAACUCAACAUCCACCAGCACCGACAAUAAAUCCAGCACGUCAACCGACACCACAACCACCAUCAUCAUCCACACGCACAGCGGAACAGCCAGCGACACCAGCACCACGCACCACACCUCCAGCGUGACGCCCUCUCCCUCACGCAACCAGACAGCCACAACCCUAGUCACCACAACCUCCUCCUACACCCCGCCCCUCUGCACCAACCACGCGGACCCCGACAAUGGCGCCGGCAACGUCUGCGUCUGUAACCAACCGAACGGCGACUACACGACCCUCUCCGAACUCCCCUCGGGCAGCGGCUGCUCCUACACCUCCAUCCCGACCCCCACCAGCACCAGCAGCACAAAAACCACAUCCACAAAAACCACAUCAGACCCCCCCUUCACCACCACCGAACUCAACAGCAACGUCCUCGUCUGCGCGACCUCCACCCUAAGCUACUUCUCGACCUUCACGUACACCAAAUGCGCCGGCACCAGCAGCACGAUCUACACGGCGCCGACGCCCACACCCACCGCCCAAAUGGUCAUCGCCUACCUCUCCGACGUGUACAGCUACUGGUCAUUUUUCACGCCGGACAUGGGCUCCUCGAUUAAUUUCUGUAAGGAUGCGGAGGCGGGCGAGCUAGAGGCGAGCGGGAAUAUUAAGGUGGUGGAUCCGCCGUAUCCGGAUGGGACGAAGAAAUUGGAUUUUAAGAUUCAUGAUAUGGAGGAUUGUGUUUAUAAGGGGACGAGUGAUGAGCCGGGCACGUUUACUUGUCCGCAGUUGGGGAAGACGGUCGAUUGUGAGAGUUAUGGGGACAGUAAGGUGCAUGAUUGUUAUGGGGCGUUGAGUGUGAGUAUGUUUAAUCCGGUGGUGAGGUGUCAGUGGUAUUAG